AUGCCGAUCGAUAUUAACGAACUUCGUGACUACAAGGGUGGAGACCCCGCCAAAUACCGCAAGUACAUGGAACAGCGCUUCAAGCCUGCUGAAUGGGUCGAUGAAGUCGUUGCCAAGGACGAAGAGUGGCGCAACUUGGUCAACGAGGUGGAUGAACUCAAAAAGAAGAAGAAUUGGAUCCAGAAGGAGAAGAUUACUCCCAAAAAGAAGGCCAAGGAAAAUUGCGAUGAAGAAGUCGCUGAAAUGAAGGGAAUUGUUGUGCAAAUCAAGGAUAAAGAAGCCUUGUUGCCAGGCAUUGCCGCUGAGAGAGAUCAAUUGUUGAACCGCAUUGGCAACAUUGUCGAUCCAGAAGUUCCUAUUUCUGAUGAUGAAGACAAGGACAACCUAGUUAUCACCUUGCAUCCCACUCCACCAGAAGGAGAAGGCAUUCUUCCCGCUUCUCAAGGAUCUUUGGAAUACACCUUGCCGGCUACCAAGCCCAUGACACACGAUGAACUAUUGUGGCGUAUUGGAGGAUACGAACCUCAAAGGGGUCAACAAGUUGCUGGACACCGGGCUUACUUUUUGACUAAUGCCGGUGUUUUGCUGAAUCAAGCUAUCAUCAACUAUAGUAUCUCCUUUUUGGGAGCCCGAGGAUACAAUGUCUUGCAGCCUCCCUUUUUCAUGAACAAGGAUGUCAUGUCCAGCAUUGCACAAUUGGAAGAUUUUGAUGAACAAUUGUACAAGGUUUCUGGAAAGACUGAUGAUCCAGAUGGCGCUACCGAAAAGUAUUUGAUUGCCACUUCCGAACAACCCAUUUGCGCCUACCAUAAGGACGAGUGGAUUGAAAAGAAGGAUCUUCCAAUCCGAUAUGCUGGUAUCUCUACUUGUUUCCGUAAGGAGGCUGGAUCUUCUGGAAAGGAUAUUCGCGGAAUUUUCCGAGUGCAUCAAUUUGAAAAGGUUGAACAAUUCUGCUUGACAAUCGAUGACCUGGAAGAAUCUCAAGCGGAACAAAAGCGCAUGCUUCAAGCCGCCAAGGAAUUUUACGAAUCUCUUGGAUUCUCUUACCGUGUUGUCUGUUUGGUCUCACACGAACUGAAUGACGCUGCCGUUAAAAAGUACGAUUUGGAAGCCUGGUUCCCUGGUCAACAAGCCUACCGUGAACUGGUCAGUUGCUCCAACUGUACUGAUUACCAAGCCCGUGGAGUUGGAGUACGAUGCGGACAAAAGGGAGGCGCCAAGGGUGACAUGACUGCACGUGCUUCUUUCUGCCACAUGCUGAAUGCCACACUUUGCGCCACUGGAAGAGGUAUCUGCUGUCUUUUGGAGACACACCAAACUCCUGAGGGAGUUGUGGUUCCUGAACCUCUUCGUCCAUACAUGGGAGGCAAGGACUUUUUGCCAUUUGUCAGGGGUCCACCAGAAUUGACCAAGGGAGAAAAAGGAAAGCUGAAGGGUAAGAAAAAGAACUAA